AUGUUUGCGUAUAGUGGAGGGACUGUUUUGGAAGAUAUACCACCUGGAGAGGUGAUAAGAAGGCGCGCUUCGAGGAAACAAUUGACCGGGCAUGUCCGUCAAGGAGGCGAGCCUUCCGAGGAAGGUCGCAAUAGGGGCAAUCAAGGAGAUCACAGGGAGCAAUUUGGUGGAUCCGAGGAUCAGAGGCGUCAGGCAGCGAAAAGAAAACUUCACCUUAGGGCUGAGAAAAUUAAUGAGACGUAA